GUAUUAUUAUGUCACCUGCUACGGAAGUGAAGCAUUACGGUACACAUGGGGGAUAAUUUUGACUUUGAGCCCGUGGCUUAAUGACAUAAUUCCAUUUGUGGAACUGUAUUAUGUUUGUAUUUCUUUAGAAUACAUAAAUGAAGCUAAGAAUGUACUUAGCAGAGGUAAAUUAGGGCUAUCAAUCAAUUGAGGCGAUUGUUUCUCUAUCCACGUGAAAACCGUGUUGGCAAUCCGUACUUAACUUUGGUGUCGUCGUGCUGCAGAAGAAUGUCAUCCUUAUCCUUAUGUGGAGCUUUAUUAAUGCGAGAUGAAACCUGUGGUAAGCAUGCCAUGGUAGGAUGACUUUAUAUGAGUUUUCUCUUUGUGUAAACUUACAAUUUAACCCGCCUCUGUACAUCGUGAUAAAGGUUAUGUAUGUAAUUUUUUUGUCUCUUGUCGACACAGGUCCCAAUGUUGCAUCUAUCCUCUAGUCAUCAGGUUCUGUAUGUGACCUCAGAGGUGAAUGGUGGACUCUUAGUUCAGUAGAGACCUUGACUGUCUUCUGAAGCUGAAGAACUCAAUGAGGAUGCUUCGUCUCCGGUGUGUGAACUCUCACUUUAGGAGGCUCCUUCAUUGGGCACCAGUGACCAGUGACCACGUUAUGGAGCAGCUGAAGGUUUGCAAAGCUGAAGAUGAGGUGUUUGAUGUGGUGAGCAAGAACAAGGCAAAGCUUACGGUGGAUCAUAUCAACCAGGCUAUGAAACACCUGUGGAAUUUUGAGACACCAAAACCACAACCGGUCAGGAAUUUGGAGCUCACCAAGAAGCACCCGCAGUUUUUGACUCUUCGUGUCUUAGCAGAAAACAAAAUUUAUUAUAUGGACAGUGCUAUGUUGGUCGACAUGCUUUACAGAUUCCUGAGGUAAACUGAUUUUGAAACAUACAGUUAAAAUACAUUACAAUGCUGCCAUGAUAACUAAUCGUUCAAUUUUUAACAUUUUUAGAUUUAAUGUGGAGCCACAUGAUUCUCUUGUUCAACAAAUGGUUUCAGAGGUAUGGCUCAGGCUUGACAGGUAUGAUUUUUUUUAACCUUGUUUGUCCUUAGUUGUUUAUUUUUUGAGUUGAAGUCCUUACACACAGCGUUUUCUUGUGCGAUUAUUUCGGACGUCAAUAUUUUUUUUCAAACACAUAUCCUGUCAAUACAAGAGUUCACAUCCGCGACAUUUUCCCGUCCUGCGAUAUUGAGGCAUUUAUUUUUUCCGAUCAUGGUCGAUUUUUCUAAAGUUUCGCAUACUGUUUGGCCACUUCUGACCAAUCAGAUUGCGUGUUGUUGCGAUGUCAGAUUCACCGGUAUAUCCAACAUGGCCGACCGGCUGAUUGUUUAUGAUCGUUUACACACACAUUACAAAGAUAACGACCUGAAGGACAACUUGGGAAUAGUCAUAGCGUCAGAUCACUCAUAUGACGAUAGUUUGUGUGCUUUGACAGUUUGCUAAACGUCUUUGUUUUAACUUUCUGCUGUGCUAACAUAAGCUAACGGUUGUUACCUUAGUUUAAUGUGCUUAUCUGGUACUGGCCCCGACUCAGUACAUGCUAUCAUGACAGACAGCCAUCUCAACACUAGUGUCUAGUCCUCUGCCUCUUCAAACUUGGAGCUAAUUGUUUCAGCAGAACUUCAAAUUGUCCAACGGACAUCUGAAAAUAGGUUCUGAAGCGACUGUGGUACAGUUUCAGCUCCUGAACCAACCAGUGAAACUCACCAAGUUCUCUUCUUUUUUGUAAUAUUUGAUGCACCCAUGUACUACGUUUCUUUUUCAUUUGAGAAAGCAAAAGAAGUACCAAUUCGCCAUCACUUGAAGUUGAAGUAGACUCCAUUUUUGUCCUCUUGCUUCCACCCAGGACGCUGUAGGUUGUUGAAGGGAGGUCCCACCCUCUGAUUUCGCCUCUGAUUUCGCAUUCUAUAUUUGUGUCAGCCCCAGUGUGUAAGGACCUUAAGUCUGAUGUGUGACUGCAAGUAACCAGCAUAUCUAUGAAUUUACUGUAUGUGGCUGAUAUAUUUUUCAAUGACCACCAAAAAAAUGUAAUGACUGGGGAAAAAUGUAAAAAAAAAAAAGAAAAAAAAAAAGAAGUAAAUUUACAAUAAAAGAAAAAAGAAAAGCUCAGGAUUUUAACAAUUGAAAAGCUAAAUCCUGAAAUUCUUUUACUUUUGACUUGUCAAUCAAUUUCUAUAUUCAGUUUGGUACAGAUUUCAUAAUUCUUGCAGACUUCCAUUGAGUACCCUUUCCAAGUUUGCCGUCUGUCUAAGUGACCAGAACCUUCAUCACAGCCCUCUGAUGGGACGCAUCACUCAUAUUGUAGAUCAGAAGUUGUCAACCAUCGAUGAUGCCAGGUUUGUGUUUUAACAGAUAUCAAAGACUUAAAGUAUCCCAAUUGCAUGUUGUGUGUUUACUCUCUGGCCAUGUUUUCCCAGGAUCCUAACCACGCUGAUGAUAUAUUUGUCAGCUCUGAUGUCUCCCCGUCUUCAUCAUGCCUUCAUUACCAGAGCAGAUCUUCUGCUGGACACCAUGGAUCAAUCAUGUUAUAACAAUGCACGGAGAGUACUGCAGUUCAUGCGCAACACAAAGUACAACGACAGGCCUCUGCUGGAGAAGUGCAACAAGAUCAUUUUGAGCAACAUCACUAAGUUAUAUGUAGAGGAUAUCAGCAUCAUUGUGGGGCUUUAUCAGUCCCUGCAGUUCAGUAACUAUGCCUUCAGACUGGCUGCAAAACAAAGACUGAUAGAGCUGAUAGACUCCUGCCCUGACCCAUUCUCUUUCCCUUUACUGUUUUAUGCUCUGGGUCCAAUGGCCAGUGACAAAAUCAGAGAAAGGUUUGUAACUUUAUUUAAGAGCUGAUCUAUUCAUGGAAAUUCAACUGUUCUUGAAUCGCUCAUGUGUUUUCAUCCUUUACAGGUUGGAGAACACAGCCUUCCUGUUGGCUGAUGAGUUCAAUGCACAGCAGGCUCUGGCUAUAGCUGAAACUCUAGUGGAGGCUCAAAGCAGGAAUCUUAGCUUGGUUAACAAGUGAGUUCAUAUCUGCUGUAUAACUGGAAUUACGUAAAGCUCCUGUGAGGAGUUUUUGUGUGGUUAUGAAAGGCAGAAAACUGAUUAUCCCCACCCUCACCUCCACCCCCUAACUAUGAUAGUUACAAAGCUAUGAUAUAACUGUCAUUGUUCAGACAGUUUAUACGAACCCACUUUGUUUAGUGCAGCAUAAGCACAUUUAUAAAGUGUUAAAAUGCAUCUAUUAGGCUUUAUCACAACCCCUAUGAGGAAUAAUAAAACCAGUGAGCAGCAUGUCGUAUAAAGAUAUGGUUUAUUAUGCCUUAUACAUUUAAUUUUUUUGUAUGAGGUUGUUUACAAUUACACCUUUCUGUGACACAUUCAUAAGAACUCUGAACAGUAUUUUGUGGCUGUAAGAAGACUCAGACAACAAGAAUACCUUUUUUGAUAAUAAUUAAGUGGACCUAAAAUUAACUUAUUCCAGUUGUACCAGAAUGAUUAGACUUUCAUUGAACAAUCUGUCAUGUAUUCAGCUUUAUUGUGUAGUCUCCAUCAAUGUUUAUUAAUACAUGUUGCAUAUCUAUAAUAUGAUAUUAUUACAUUCUUCACAGAAUUGCUUCGGUUAUCCAAAGGAACCUUCACAUCUACAGGCCAUUGGAGUUGGUCAAAAUCACCCAAGCCUUCACCACGUUGAAAUACCAAAACCCUGAUUUCUUAACCAAAAUUACAGCUGCUGCAGUCAAGUAAGUCCUGUGAUAAAAACAGGCAACUUUUCUGUACACUAAGAAAGAAAAAAACACAAAGUUCAGAGAGUUUUGUCUUGCAGCUUUUUGCAGCGCAGUGUCCUCCCCCAUGAAGCCGUCAUAUUGACACGUAUCCUCUCCAUGCUUCCCUGUCCGCGUCUGGAAGAAGGGAUCAUCUCCCGGGUGGAAGCAUUGGUGCCGCAGUGCACCCUCAAUGACCUCAACCAAAUUGCUCAGCAUGUUGCCAAGUGGGUGCAUAAUGAACCCUCCUAUAUCUACAACACACCAGGCAAGUUUGUCCACCUGCUGCAGACCAUGAACCGAUGCGGGCACGAGAGGCUGCAGACGGCCGACCGGCUUGACCUCUUAGUGGAGGAGCUGAAAUACGUGUCAGGGGAGUGGUAUGAGGAGACGCAGAUGGAGGAGACGAUGGUGACACUGAAGAGGAUGAUGGACCAGAUGAACUGGAAAGUUCUGCCUGAAUUAACCCAAUUUUUAUUCAGGAUGAGCCACCUGAACCCUCCUUUAAUGGACCAAAUUGCCAAUGUGGCCAUUAAAGACAUUGACAAGGUGUGGUAACAGACAUUUAUACUUAGUUCAGUCAUUUUAACGUAGUUAAUUUAUAAGUAAACUUGUAUUUACUAAACUUUUUUUCUGUUUUUAUAGAUCCAGCCCUCUGUGAUGUAUGCCAUCCUGCUGCCUUUCUCAGUGCUCAAUUAUGAUUCUGAACAAACAGAUGAGCUUUUUGACAAGUGUAUUCAGCGAAUAACUUCUACUCAUUUACGUAAGUUACUCAGUUAACACAUUGAUUUCUGUUUCUAGCAGUUUCUUACCCAUUUCUCUGUGUUUGUAGGUUCCCUUGACCCACAAAUGCUGGUUUCCCUGGCACACAUUUUUGCAGUGGGUAACUCUUUUCCUGAAGAACUCAUCAGAGAGAUCUUUAGUAUUGACUUUCUGGGAAAGCUGGACACACAUCUAGAAAGUAUGGCACACUGGCUGCAGUCAAGUCUCAAAUUUAACUUCUUUUAUCCAGCAGUAGAAAAAUAAAUCAAAAUGAGAGCACUUUUUAAUGACAUAAGAGUUGAUUUUGUCUUUUUUCGGCAGUGCUGUCUAAUGCCCUAAACAUGCGAAUCAGAUGGCGUCUCAUGGAUCUCAAUCGUGCUGUUUGUCUCGAGUGUCCAGAGUUUCAAGUGCCCUGGUUUCAUGAGCGUUUCUGCCAGCAGUUACGGAAAAGAGGUAAGAAAAAUGCGCAGAGAAAUCAUGUUCUGGGUUAGAUGUUUGUUUUUAAAGCUGUUCAGAGAAUUGCUGGUCUAAAUGUUUUUUAGGGAGUGACACUCCUGCGCAACGGCAAAUCCACAGAAUGCUGGGUGAAGUUCUUGGUGGCGUCAACUGUGUUCGUGGGGCAGUAGUCACUCCAUAUUAUUACACCAUAGGUGAGCAACACUGAGUUAUUUUCUAUCAACAUACUCAACCCUGAUAUGAUCCUAUUUAAACACUUUAAUUUCAUUUAAUGAUGUCAGGAGAAAUCAACUGCAUUUUAAGCCCAGUAGCUUGCAGCAGUGUAAUGCUUUGGAUGCUAGCUGCCUUUAAAAAUCAACAAAGAAGCUCAUGUAUAUUUCCAUAAUAUCCACAGAACUACUGUCCUAUGUAUGAAGCUAAUUUAUCAUGAUACAUUUCAGUUCUUCAAUUCCAAACACAAGUUUUAAAGUUACAGUAAGGAACUUUCACAGUGUAUUUUGUGUGUGUGUUUUCUGUCUGGUCAGACUUUGAAUGCAUUCUGGACAAAAACCUGCAACCAGUGCCAUACAGCAAGCCGAGCACUCUGCAGCUCUCAGAUGAAGGAAAGUUUUACUGGGAGCCAAACUCACCUGAAAGCCACAGGGAUGAGCUGCCGCCUGGAGCUCAGCGGUAAGGGAUGACUUUGCAAGAUGAAUAAUCAGGCUAUGAUAUAAGUUUGAUGAUUUUUCCUUCCAUGCAUCACUCAGAGUUGCCUUGGAUUUCCUUGAUUCGAGGUCGUUCUGCAAGAAUCGUCACCAUAUGAGAGGUGAAGCCUUGAUGAAGAAAAGACACCUUGAGAUUCUGGGAUACCAAGUUGUCCAGGUCAGAACUUUUUUUCUGAGAUACUGUGCUGUCAGUCAUCUACACCUGAAUGCACCAAGAAUCACUCAAGACCACUUUUUUCCGUAAACAUUGUUGUUGCAGAUUCCUCACUUUGAGUGGAACUCCAUGGAGCUGUCAACAAAGGAUGCUUGGAAGGGGUAUCUAAAGAAGAAAAUAUUCAGAGAGCUCUCCUAAAGCCUUAUUUACUUAACCAAGAAGAAUGUUACAUUCAGCUCUGAGCUUUGUGAAUUCUUUGGCUAAAAGACUAAAAAGUCUAAAAAAAUGUUAAUUAAUGUACAUGAAAUGGUCCGUAAGUUGACAUGAAUCUGCCUUGUUUGUGUGAAGCUGAAGAAUGAUGUGCUUUUGUAUGAAAAUGAAAACUAUGAAUAAAAUAUAAAGUAAUUUUGUAUUUUA